AUGUCCUUCCCAUACAAGCACAUCCUCGUCAUCGGCGCCACCGCCGGCAUCGGCCGAGCUCUCGCAUCGCGCUUCGUGCAAUCCGGAGCCGAAGUCACAGUCGUCGGACGACGCAAAGAGCGCCUGGAUGAAUUCGUGCAAGAACACGGAGAAGACAAGGCCAAUGCGGUGCAAUUCGAUAUUAGUGACUUGGAUAAGAUUCCUGGGUUUGCUGCUGAAAUAAUGACCAAAUACCCCACAAUCGACAGCGUCUUCCUGAACGCCGGCAUAAUGCUCCCUACCGACAUGACCGAUCCCGAAAAAUUCGACCUACCCAGCUUCUACAAGCAAAUGCACAUCAACUUCACCAGUUAUGUUGCUCUGACGCAUGCUUUCUUGCCUUAUAUUAUCAAGAAAGGGGGUGAUACGAGCUUGAUUUACACCACAUCCAACCUCUCCAUAGUCCCCGCAACCUGGAUGCCCGCAUACUCUGCCUCCAAGGCUGCCCUGAACGCCUUCAUUCUCUGUCUGCGGGAUCAGCUGCGUAAGAGCUCGGUGAAGAUUAUUGAGGUGUCGCCGCCGGCGGUGCAAUCCGAACUCCACGAUUAUAUGGGCGAAGAGGGCCGUAAAGUCGGUAUGCCCCUGAAGGAAUUUACGGAUGAAGCAUUUCAGGGACUACUGGACGGAAAGGACCAAAUCGUUGUGGGAAGUCUUGGGCCUGCAGAAGUUUUCUUGGAUAUCGUGAAUAAGCGCCGGGCUGCGACUACGCAGUUGGCAAAGAUGAUGAGGGGGGAGAAGUAG